AUGACUCCCAGCGAGCCUUCUCAGCUGGCUACUCCAGCUGCGAAGAAGAAGAACAACAGGAAGAAGAAGAGCAACGCAAAGACAAACCAGGCCCCAGACACGAAUCAGAACCGUGGCCACCCUGCCGAAGACGACGGGGACGAGUCCGACGACCCAGAUGCUGCGGUGACACAGGAUCGGCAACCGGAUUCUCCGAACGGCCAUGCCGUAUCGCCGAAGACCAACGGGCACCCUCCUCAAGAGCCGGAUGCCGACCACGCGACCGACUCUACAGACGCGAGCGCCCGGCUAGAAGCCAUAUCCCAAGAGCGCGAGGCCUUGAGGGCCGAGGUCGGCCAGUUGCGGAAGCAACUCGAAAGCCUUCAGGAAGCCCACGCCAAGGAGACGACGCAGCUCAGAUCCGACCUAGAGGAGACCGAGUCAGCCAAGGACCAAGUUGAGGAGCAGUACCAAAACCUGCUGGAUAGGGUCGAAAAGAUCAAGGAGAGCGUCAGUAACCGGUUGACGAGAGGCAAAGAAGAGCUAGAGGAAGCGAAUCAGCGCAUCGAAGAACUAGAGAACCAGAACGAGGAGCUUGAGAAAGGCGCACAAAGCCACCAAGAUGAGAUCGAGAAACUCAAGGCGGAGUUGCAGGACGCCACAAGGGAACUAUCUAGUCUUCGAAGUCGGAAUAACCUAUCGCAGCACAAUUCCCUGAAAGAAAAGGAGGAUUUAACGCGCCAGAUUCAGCAACUCAGAGAUGAGGCAGAAGCUGCAAAAGACGACAUGGGCCGCUGGGAGGUCUUGGCAAGGUACGAAAGAUCGACCAGGGAGAGCCUGGCUGACAAGGCGACGGGGCUCGAGGAGCAACUCACGAGUCUAAGAGAGAGCUAUGAUCAAAUUGCCGCCGAACGAGACAGCCAAUCGCAAGCCAUAGACAACCUCCAGAGGGCCCUCCAGGAGAUCCAGGAGGCCCGUAAGAAGGAGUUGCGUGAGGUCGUAGAGACGUCCGAGAAACAACUCCAAGCACUAGAGGCCCGCGUUCAAGACGCCGACUCGAGGGCUACCGAAGCGGAAAAAGUCAAGCAAUUGCUAGAGAAGGAGUUUGAACGGACAGCGCCUUUUGAGAAGGAGGUCAAGGAGAAGAACCUGCUCAUCGGCAAGCUAAGGCACGAAGCUAUAGUGCUCAACGACCAUCUAACUAAAGCUCUCCGCUAUCUCAAGAAGACUAAGCCCGAGGAUAACAUCGACAGGCAAAUUGUCACUAAUCACUUCCUCCAAUUUCUCGCUCUGGACCGAUCCGACCCCAAGAAGUUCCAGAUACUCCAGAUCAUCGCCGGCCUCUUAAAUUGGACGGACGAGCAAAGGGAGCAGGCCGGACUAGCCCGGCCGGGGACUUCAAACAAUUCUCUCCGCCUGCCGAGUUCCCCGUUUCACAGGACGCCUAGUACGCCGUCCUUGGCCACCGAGUUCUUCACGGACCCCACCCCGACCUCAUCCAACAAGGAGUCCCUCGCCGACCUAUGGGCCGGCUUCCUGGAACGGAGCGUCGAGGAGGCGUCUCAGGCAGGAUCAAGGAAAGGUAGCAUGUCGAGCGCGCCCGGCGCCACGAGACCAGAUACCCGAGGUAUUUGA